AUGGUGGCAAAUAUUAUCCAGACACAGAAAGAAGAAUGCGAGGCCAAUAGGAUAUUUUUCUUGAGAUCCGAAGAGAGGCAGAAAAGGUUGCAGGAAGAGGAGGAAGUACGUAAGCGCCAAGAAAGCGCUAUCAUGAGCGAUAGAAAGCUCGAAGAGUCUGACAAUCUUGAAGAUGCACUUACCAAUCUUGGGAUCCAUUCUACGUCCUUCACUAACCUUCAUUCCAUGUUUUGUCUGAGAUAUUCAACUUCCUUGACCCAAAAGAUAAUGGGGUCAUUUCCUGUGUACAAGCUCGCCUCAGAACACCACUCGUGGAAGGAGUUAUACCGCGAGAGGUGGGCCCAUCCGAUCGGAUUGGGGAAGGACGGCGAGACGUGGAAGAACCUGUAUGUAGAGCGUGAUAUUGGUAUCCAAAGCUUCAUGGAGUCUUUCGAAGUGUUCUCACCUAGCGGGUACAGCUUCUGGUUUUGGCGCAAGGAAACAGUUAGAACCAUAUGUGUGUUAGUUUCAGAGAAGCUGUUAUUUUUAUCGGGCGAUGACAAGGUUGUGAGAAUGUACGAGCUCAAUUAUCAUUGUAUAAAUUGCAGCAUAUCGACCUUUAGGAUGCAUCAUAGAGGCGGUUGCAGCUGA